AUGAUUUUUACUGUUUUCCUCCAUUUCAGGCCCUUGACAUUUAUGGGAUCACAGACAAAAAGAGUCCUGUUUACUUCCCUCGGGCCUUCAGCUCGCCCAUUCCGGGUCUCCAAUCACGACAGGAGCAGCAGGAGGGGCGUGAUGGCAAGCAGCCUGAGGGAGCUCAUCAGCAAGACCCUGGAUGCCCUAGUUAUAACCGCUGGGCUAGUCACGUUGGUGCUGGAGGAAGAUGGCACUGUGGUGGAUACGGAAGAGUUCUUCCAGACUUUAGGAGACAACACACAUUUCAUGAUUUUGGAAAAAGGACAGAAGUGGACCCUGGGCAGUAAAUAUAUUCCAGUCUCCCAGCAGCCGAAGAAAUCAGGAAUAGCGCGAGUCACCUUCGACUUGUAUAAGUUGAGCCCCAAGGACUUCAUUGGCUACCUCAAUGUGAAGGCUACCAUGUACGAGAUGUAUUCUGUGUCCUAUGACAUCAGGUGUACCAGUGCCAAGGCCAUGCUGAGGAGCAUGCUGCGGUUCCUGUCCUAUGUCGCCCAGGUGACUGGGCAAUUUCUCUUCUCCAUGGGCUCCUACAUGCUGCGUUUGCUGGGUGACACUGAAGCGCCACCUUCUCCCAGGUCAUAUUUCAAGGGAAAGCCCAUGUUCGGAUAACGCUGCACCUGGGGAGCACCACAGGCCUCUACAUCCAAUUAUUCACUUUUGAAUAACUAAUUCUGAAGAUGCUUGUGUGUGGCGUCAGGUGCUGCUUGCACGCAGCUGGACACUGCGACUCAGGCCUGGUCUCCAAAGAAAAGAGGUAGCAUGUCCUUUGAAAUGCGAGCUUUGCUGCAAGGUGCCCUAGAAGGAAGAGGGAGGUGGGCAGGGGGCUUGUGGAACUUGGUAUGUCAUCAAGCAGCAGGUGUAUCCUGGAGUGGCUAAGGAGUGACAGCCAUGCUCUAGACCCAUUGCCAAAACUUCAUCCCCAGAAUUACUUUUACUGUGGGUAAUACUUCUUUGUAUUUCUCUCUCCUCUCUCUCUCUCUGUCACACACACACACACACACACACACACACACACACACACACACACACACACACACAAAUAGGCCAAUGCUUUUAUGUUCUAACUGAUGCAAUCACUUUUAAAUCUAUUAGCACUUGAUGACCCCCAAAUAAAGCGCUGUCAUAAGGGA